AUGAACUGCGGCCGCGCGGUUAUGUGGCUGACCGGCCGCCGCUGGCUCUCGGUUCUGGUGCAGGAGUGCUUGAACCUCCGGCGCCUCAGCUUUGCCGGGACUAGUGGUGGCCAUAAGGGCCGGAUGGCGGAAACACCCUCGAUCGAGGCCGAGGCAGCUAGCGAGCUGAGGGCUCCGACUCAGCAAAAUGGAGACACGGGUGGCCACGCGACGGAUGAGCGGACCCCAGGGCGCCCGGAACCAGCGGGCGCGGGAGUGGAGCCAGCCCCGGGGGACGGGAAGCCAGCCACAGGGAGCGGGGAGCAGGCUCCGGCUGCUGCCCCGGGCCCAGGCAAGCGGAAGAAGCGGCGGGGCGCAACCGGGGAGCGCAUCGUGCCGCCCCCGAAGAAGCGGCGGGCUGGAGUGAGCUUCGGCGAUGAGCACUUUGCAGAGACCAGCUACUACUUCGAGGGCGGCCUGCGCAAAGUGCGGCCCUAUUACUUUGACUUCCAGACCUACUGCAAGGGCCGCUGGGUGGGCCACAGCUUGCUGCACGUCUUCAGCACCGAGUUCCGAGCCCAGCCCCUGGCCUACUACGAGGCCGCGGUCCGGGCCGGGCGCCUGCACCUCAACGAGGAGCCGGUACAGGACCUCAGCAUUGUGCUCAAGGACAAUGACUUCUUGCGGAACACAGUGCAUAGGCAUGAGCCACCAGUCACAGCAGAGCCUGUCCGCCUGCUAGCUGAGAAUGAAGACAUGGUGGUUGUAGACAAGCCUUCUUCCAUUCCUGUCCAUCCCUGUGGCCGCUUCAGGCACAACACGGUCAUCUUCAUCCUGGGCAAAGAGCACCAACUCAAGGAGCUACACCCAUUGCAUCGGCUUGACCGCCUUACCUCAGGAGUCCUUAUGUUUGCCAAGACAGCAGCCGUCUCAGAGAGAAUUCAUGAGCAGGUUCGGGACCGGCAGCUGGAGAAGGAGUACGUGUGCCGAGUGGAGGGGGAGUUUCCUACUGAGGAAGUGACCUGCAAGGAACCCAUCUUGGUAGUGUCUUACAAGGUGGGGGUGUGCCGUGUAGAUACUCGGGGCAAGCCCUGUGAGACAGUGUUCCAGAGACUGAGCUACAAUGGCCACUCCAGUGUGGUGCGCUGCCGGCCACUUACAGGCCGCACCCACCAGAUCCGAGUUCACCUACAGUUCCUGGGCCACCCCAUCCUCAAUGACCCCAUCUACAACUCAGUUGCCUGGGGCCCCUCCCGGGGCCGGGGUGGCCACAUUCCCAAGACAGAUGAAGAACUGCUUCGGGACCUUGUGGCAGAGCACCAAGCCAAACAGAGCCUGGAUGUGUUAGAUCUCUGUGAGGGCGACCUGUCCCCAGGACUCUCAGACACUACAGCUCCCUCCUCAGAGCUGGGCAAGGACUGCCUAGAAGAGUUGACUGCAUCUGCCCAGAAGAUGGAUGGAGCAGUUGAGGCAGCCCCUCAGGAUCUGGAUAAAAUGGCCUUGGCACCAGGGAACGCAACUGAAACAGAUGCUGUGAAUAAAGAGAUGGACCCUCUCUGUGCAGAAUGCCGGCUGGUGCGACAGGACCCCUUGCCCCAGGAUCUUGUGAUGUUCCUGCAUGCCCUGCGCUAUAAAGGGCCAGGCUUUGAGUACUUUUCACCCAUGCCUGCCUGGGCACAGGAUGACUGGCAAGAGGACUGAGGGCUGUGGCCAAUGGAGGGCCUGCUUCUUGGGUUGGAAGAGGGAUGGGCCAUGGGUAGGAGCUGACCUCAUGGGCUGGUACUCAGGGUUUCUACAGGAGUGAGGUUGGGUUUUAAAAGGACCUGCUCAUACGUGCUACCUCCUUCCUUCCUUUCUCUCCAGCUAGAGUGUGGGAACUUUUUGGUUUGUAAAUACAUCCCUUUUUCUAAGA